GGGGCGCGGCUGUGUGUGUGUGCGUGUGUGUGUGUGUGUGCGUGUGUGUGUGUGUGUGUGUGUGCGCGUGCACACUCUGCGCCCGUGGCUGCGAACACUGAGCAGGGCGAGUGUGCAAUGGGUGAGGCGAGAGGCUGUGCGUGCCUGUGGGGCUGAGCGGGGACGGUGUGUGUGUGUGUAAGGUGGCUCGGGGGGCUGCGUGUGCUGAGUGGGGUGGGUGUGUGGGUCCGAGCAGCCAGGAGGGCUGCGUGCCGGGUGUGCGUGUGCAUGGGGGGUGUGUGUGUGUGUGUGUGCAGUGUGUGUGCGGUGUGCAUGUGUGUGUGUGCGUGGUGUGCGCGGUGCGUGUGUGUGUGUGUGCGCGCACCGGGGGCAGCUCCCCACGUGGGGCUGACGCGGCAGCACCGGCCUGAUCCGGGGCUAUAAAGCGGCUCGGCGGCGAGCGAGGCAGAGCAGCCGCCGCCGGCUGCAGCCCCGCCGCCCCGCGCGCCGCCCGGCCCCGCUCCGCGCCGCCCGGCCCCGCUCCGCGCCGCCCCGCGCCCAGGUAAGCGGCGCCGCCGCGGCCGGCCGCGCUCCCGCGGGCAGCGCCCCCCAUGCGCCGCGGGGCCGCGCCCCGGCGGGCGGCCGAGUAGCAGCGCGGAGCCCCGCGGAGCCGAGCGCGGCGCGGCGCAGCGGCGCGGAGCCCGGGCGGGGCAGUGCGGGGCGGAGGGCGGGGGCGUCCGCGCAGCCGGGGUUGAUGUUUAACCUGGAGCGCCCGUUCACGGAGAGGGGCCGCCUCUUCCCCUCCAUGGAGUACCAGCGGCAGCUGGAGGAGGAGGAGGGCUCCCCGCCGCCCGGCACCAACGGGACCUUCAACGACAGCGGUGCCGGGCUGGGCUGGGGCACGCCGUACCCCCUGCACACCACCGCGACGCUCAUCAGCCUGGCGGGCUUGCUCAUGCUCUUCACCGUCUUCGGCAACGUCCUGGUCAUCAUCGCCGUCUUCACCAGCCGCGCGCUCAAAGCCCCCCAGAACCUCUUCCUGGUCUCCUUAGCCUCGGCAGACAUCCUGGUGGCCACGCUGGUCAUCCCCUUCUCCCUGGCAAACGAGGUCAUGGGAUACUGGUACUUUGGCAAGGUCUGGUGCGAGAUCUACCUGGCCUUGGACGUCCUCUUCUGUACCUCCUCCAUUGUGCACUUGUGUGCCAUCAGCCUGGACCGCUACUGGUCCAUCACGCAAGCCAUCGAGUACAACCUCAAGCGUACCCCACGCCGCAUCAAGUGCAUCAUUUUUAUCGUCUGGGUCAUCUCGGCCGUCAUCUCCUUCCCGCCACUCAUCUCCAUUGAGAAGAAGAGUGGGCAGCAGGCCGAUCAGGGGGUGGCACAGUGCAAGAUUAAUGAUGAGAAGUGGUACAUCAUCUCUUCCUGCAUCGGCUCCUUCUUUGCCCCCUGCCUCAUCAUGAUCCUGGUGUACAUGCGCAUCUACCAGAUAGCCAAGAGGCGGACCAGGGUACCGCCGAGCAGACGGGCGGAGUGCCCCGAGAAGAGGCAGAACGGCUUGACCGACAAGGAGGACCUGCCAGCAACAGCCCAGCUCAAUGGGGAGAAGGCGGCAGGAGGCAGCGGUGGGCAGGAGGGAGAGGUCAACGGCAUAGACAUGGAGGAGACCUCCUCCUCCGAGCACCAGGAGAACAACCAGUGUAAGAAGUCAGACAGACCGUCGAGGGGCAAGGCCAAGACUAAGCUGAGCCAGAUUAAGCCUGGGGACAGUUUGCCCAGGAAGGUGGAGGAGGAGAGGAACACCAAAGGGUCCCGGUGGAGAGGCAGGCAGAACCGGGAGAAGCGCUUUACCUUCGUGCUGGCGGUGGUGAUUGGGGUCUUUGUCAUCUGCUGGUUCCCCUUCUUCUUCACCUACACGCUGCUGGCCGUCUGCAAGAGCUGCUCAGUGCCCGACACCCUCUUCAAGUUCUUCUUCUGGUUUGGUUACUGCAAUAGCUCCUUGAACCCUGUCAUCUAUACCAUUUUCAACCAUGACUUCAGACGGGCAUUCAAAAGGAUCCUCUGCAGGAUAGAGAGGAAAAGGAUUGUUUGAAGGACCCUUUGCUACCAGCAGGACUAAAUGAUUCAAGACUUCGUAGGAGAGUAAGGCAUGGGUCUCUUGGGCUGUGCUUGCAUGGGAUGGUUUCCUUCAGCUCACAAGCUGGAAGCCUUUAAAACCUGAGACGAGCCUGUCGAAACGCUGGGCAGCAGCAGCGAGGAGCAGCAGGCAAGUGGAAGUCUGAGCCGUGGCAUUCAGCUUUCCGGAGAGGAUGGCUUUUCACUUGCUUGGUUAUUUUGUUAGGUUUUUUUUUUUUCUUUUGCCAGAAUCUCUCAGUGGAUAUUUUUGUGACUGCUCAGUUUGACUCUUUAAAGACAAAACAACUGAUGUGCAACUCCAUGAGAUGAACAACCAGGAGGGAGUAUACCACCUCAGAGGUGUUGGCUUUUUUAUGUUGUUGUAUCUUUUUCUUUUUUUUGAAUGUGUAAUUAGUUUUAAACCCCUUGUAAAAUACAGUAUUGUAUCCCUGAAUCUGAAUGUCUUAAUUUUUGUAAGGCAAGCAGCUUUGAAACUGUGAAUGCUUUCGUAAUCUUGGACAUCUUAAAAGUUGCUCGUUCUCCUUCCCCCCUUCCCGCGAACAGUUAGGGUCAUUUCCCCUACCUGGCAGUUUGAUCCCAUUACCAAAAUUUCAAAUGCCCUGUAGUUUUUUUUGGCUAUAAAGCUUAGACGCACAGACCACACUACAUUUUUUUUUUUUUUAUCAUACCUGAUUCUGUUUAAUUUUUGCGUUGUCUGUGAUAUGAUACAGUUGAGAUAACCUAACGAGAAGAGUAGAGUCACUAGAAGAGAUGCGAAUAGACCCGUGGUUUUGCGCGUCGCCAGGGAUGACCCGGGGGCUGUGACAGGCCGUUUCGGCUCCGGCGUGAGGCUCGGGAGCUGGCCCAGCUGCAGCGAGCUGAUCUCCCUCUGUGUUACACCGCCCUGCAGCCCUGAAACGUGCGCCACGCUAGCUCACUUCCCCACCGCCGACUGUAAAUAGGUAACAUUUCAGAGCAGGUACCAGGGCUCCACAUACCAUGUUACCUGGUUUGCAUUGAUUUCCCACGUUUCAACUCCAGCAGGAUUUCCUGCGGGGGGGGGGGGGGGGGGGGGGGGAGGGGAGCAGAGGCUGUUCUGCCUUUCCGAGUUACGUGGCAAGAGUUAAGUUUUGAAUCUGCCACUCUCAUCUUUUGUAGGAGAUACUGACCCGUCCCUCUUUCGGUCUUAUACAGGGCACAACUCUGAAGUGGGAAACUUACUGGCAGGUUUCCUAGCAUUUUAUAGUGUAAUUAUGCUUUUUUAAAGAAAAGAAAUAUGUAAAUAUUAAGAGACUGGAGCAGGAGAGGAAGUGUUAAUACUGCUCUUACACGCCUUUCCUGAAACUUCUUUCAGCUCUAUCUGCUACAAACAAAACAAAAAAAACCCCCAAAAAGCAACAACAAAGAAACCCGAACAGAACAAAUCGAGCAUCCUUGUGCCAUGAAGAAGUGUCUGGAGAAUAUUAGAAGGAAAAACUUGUUUUGUUUGUUACAAUAAAUGGGUUGGAAAGCCUUUUAAUGCUAUAAGAACAGCUUUAUUGAAUGCUGACAAAUCACAGAAAUUGUUUGGAAAAGGCAAAGUUUAAGUCUGUUGUAUAAAGUGAAUUUUUCUGUACUGGAGUUGUACGGUGCACAGGAAGAGACUUAAAGAAUAAUACCUUUUUACUUUUGGAAGUGUUCUGUUGAUUUUGCUCUCUCUUUGGACUGUGUAGUUAACUCCAAGGGUCCCUGGAUGUAUUUUGGGACCUGGAGAGCAAUGUUUACAUUCACUUACAUUUUCAGAUUUGAAUCCUCAAGAGGUGAGGAAAGCAAAUAAGCUGUGCUUUACUGAAAAAAAAAAAAAAAAAAGAAAAAAAAAAGGAAAUUGCUAUAAUGGAUGAUUAUUUUUAUUAAAUAAAAAAAGCAUUUACAGAUCAA